AUGGAAACCAUCAACAAAAGCCAAAAACGAAAAAAAUCAGGCGCAGAGAACAAAAAGGCAAGGAAAGCUAGGAGGGCAGAAAACGAAAAACUUGGAUCGUUCAUGAAAAGCUAUUUCACAAAAUCAAGCAAGUCAUCACAUGGAGACGAUGCUUCCAGUAAUGACCAAGAUGCUCUAAAUGAUGGACGAGACAAAAAGAAGGAAAGCAAAGAUGUAAAAGAUGGUGUAGAAAAUUCAACCCCAGACAAGCCAUGUGAUGUGGAUGACAAAAACGACGUAGAAGAUGAGGUCGAAAUGGUUCAAGAUCCUGUAAGUCUUCCAGAGUUUGAUAGCGGGCGCGAAGUUAGUAAAGGGAACGUUCGGGACGACGAGAUGGACGUGCAAGAAUCUGCAAUGACUGGUGUAGCAACUGCAUCUGAGUUCGAUCGUGAUUCAUCUGCCGAAUUUAAUGAUAGCAGAUUUCGCGAUAGAAUUACUGACUUUGAAACCGGACAUCCAGUUCUUAACGAAGCUUUGAAAACAUCAAUACCGAAUCGGGGGGAAGAAGACACAAUCAUCAUUGAACAGUGCAUGCUCCGGAGAAAUCCAGCUUUUGUAAAUGAUGGAGGGAAUGAAACGAAUGAUCCCGCGUUACUUGUUAGCACGAAGUUCGGAAUAGAGGAUAAAGAAAAGCUUUGUAAAAAUGAACCAUGUCAGCCACCCGAAUCCGUUUUAUCUCAGAAAAAAAAGAAAAUUGGAGAACGUAACCGGUACUGCUCGCAGGCGGUAUUCUUUCACGAAGAUCAAACCAGGCGCAAAUGGCUUUCAUACUCGCUAAGUAAGGAUUGUCUAUUCUGCCUCCCAUUUCUCCUAUUUUCAGAUGAAUGUUUAAUUAAGAUGCGAAAACACGCUCCACAACCAAGGAAAUGCUUUUACGAAUGCUGGGUACUCGUACUGGAAGAAACAAUAAGGUAAUAUCGAUCACAAAGCACGAAAAGUCCGAAAGUCAUAUAAAUGCCAAGAUUGCUCAAGUUGUCAUUUUGCAAAGACGAUCAAUCUAUUCAUGCUUGAAGCAACAAGAAAAGACCGCAAUUUUGCAUCGGAAGAGAGAAGUCGUGGCAAACCGCAUUGUACAUUUGGGAAAGCAGGGACUUGCUUUCAGAGGGCAUCGAGAGUCGCUAAUUGAUGACCCAGAAGCAAAUAAAGGAAAUUUUCUAGAGGCGCUGAAUUACCUGUCAACCUACGAUAUAACAACUGCAUCCGAAAUCAACAAGCUAUGUCGAGAAGAAAGGGCGGGAAAAAAAGGUGCCAAAUGACGGAGUUCGAAACUAACUUUCCUCAGCAAUGUGAUCAACAUUAUUGGAAGAAAAAUCGCCUCACAAAUUGUCAAAGAAAUCGGUAAUUGCAGAGCAUGGGCAUUAAUAGCCGACACCACACCGGAUGCCAGUCACCACGAGCAGUUUAGUAUUUGCGCAAGGAUCGUUAAUCGUAAUGGCAAAUGCUAGGAGAACCUUUUGCCUUGCAAAAGAGCUUCCGGGACAAAAGCAAUCAAACUAUACAAUCUAAUCUCAGAAACACUUAUCUCGAAAGGUGUGUCGUUUGGUAAACUCGUAGCACAAACAUACGACGGUGCUUCGAAUAUGCGCGGAUGCUACAACAGCUUGCAAGCGAUCAUCAAGGACAAAGUUGGAAAGCAUGUUGCGUUUGUCCACUGUUAUGCACAUACGUCCGACUCUGCAAGUGUUGAUGUUCAAGUAAUAAGCCUCUUCAAUGACCUCGAAGCCUUGUACGUUCUCUUUAGCAAGACACAAAGAAUCCAUGAUUUGUUCGAAGCUGUCCAACUGGAAGAGAACCUGAAAGUCCUUUCCCUAAAGAGACUUAAUACUGUUCGUUGGCAUUCACUCGAGUUGUGUUUAAAGGUCCUUCUCUCUCGUUAUGAUUGCAUUUUAAGUAUCCUGGAAACCGUUGCGUUGGACAGUUUAAUUGAUGGAACCCACGAAAAACGAACAUUGGCUUAUUGUCGGCAGAAGCAGAUUCAAACAAAGCAGUUUCUGGCUACCGCGUACCUCUUUCGAGAAAUAUUUGCAUCCACUGGUCCACUAAGCCGAUAUUUACAACGCGUUGAUGUUGAUUUUGGGAAAGCCCUGGGUAUGGUCGAAAGCCCGAUUGAGGAGCUGAAUGAAUUGCGUAAACAACCGGAGCGAAUUAUCAGCUACGUUGAGCAAAAACACGACUCCCCCAGCGUCAAUUGGCAACAACCAAUAAUCAGACGUCGAAGACGAAUGGAUGAUGAAAAUGCCGAAGACGAACCUGCUGAAACACCAGAAGAUCACUGGAAACGUAACACAUUUUACGUUUCUGUGGACACGAUCUUAAAUUCAUUGAAGAAUCGGUUUGAGAAAAACCAACCCUUGCUCCAAGCCUUUUCCUUGUUUGCUCCAGUCCGCUUCCCGCAACUUCUGAAGAAUUUCAAAACCGCACAUGAUCUUCAAGCGUGCCUUAACACUUUUUGUGAAAGUACGAUAUAGAUGCGUUUAGAUGUGCUAACGAACUGUUCAAUAUUGCUCGUUCGUUUGAGAAAUUCGACUGUUCAACUGUCUGCCAGCAAGAAGAUGAUGAUGAUGAUGACAGCGAAGAAGACGAGGACUAUGAUGACGAUGACGGCGAGGACAACGAUGGUUAUGAUGAUGAUGACGAGGACGACGACGACGAAAUCUCAAGCACGUCAAAUAAUGAGCAGAGUGACAGCGGUAGCAAGAAAGCUGAAAAACAAACGAAGAAAAAAGUUCCAUCUUUCUCUGAAGCUCUAUCACUCAUGCGUAACCCAGAUUAUAGUUUGGUUGAUGCGUAUCCAACUCUCUGUCGCGUUUAUGCUAUUGUUGUGGCCAUCCCAGUUAGUUCGUCGACGGCAGAGCGUUGUGUGAAGACUCGCAUUCGCUAAUCCAUGGUUCAGGAGAGACUUGAAUCAUUGCUAUCAAUGUCAAUCGAGCGUAAAAUUUUGCUCAAAUGCGACAAAGAACAUCUGAUUAACCUGUACAAAGAACAUCUCAUUAACCAAAAGCUCUACUUUGACUUGCAUGUGGUUCAUUGGUUGUCUUUUAAAACUGUACAUGUGAUAUUAUGCUCAAUUUGCAUAAACUAUAGCUUAUAGUAUAUACGUUAUUGACAUUUGACCUUUGAUUUUACAUUUUAUUGCUCUAAUACUUUAAUAGAGGAUAAUCACUGAUCACCAACACCGCGGAAAAACGUCUGCGCCAGGGGCGUAAAUGUGUGGGUGUGUUCGGGGGGGGGGGGAAGUGGUGGUGGUUCACCCCCAGACAAAUGAUCCAGUCGGUCUCAAACGAAGUGCAGUCGGUCUCAAAAUUAUGCGUUUGUUUACACGCGGUACUUUGCGAAGCAAACUAAAUAUUUUCGAAACUCGGAAACGUAUCAGACUCUAACUAUUGAGUUGAAAAGUUGCUCAAACGGAAUCAAGCAGCUCAGAAAUAAUUUUCUACGUACUUAUUUUGCAAGUUUAUGAACGAAUUAUUAGUCAAAACGUUAACCCGCACCAAGGGAUAACGUUUCCAUUUACUUAUAUUUAUAUGUCACGAUUACGUGUUUCCCGUGAUGAUAUUCUUUUUUAGCGAAAAUUUCAAACCCCCCAAAUCAGACUCCGAAACGCGUUGAAUCUUGAUCAAAAUAGCUUUACAUUUGUUACAAUAUUUCUCCGGCCCUUAAACUAUAUUUUUAACAUGCAAAGUGCAAAAACGAAUUUUUAGCCAAGUUAUUAGGAAGUAUGUUUACAAAUGUUCACAUGUACCAAAGAGUUUAUAUGGUGCAAUCAAGACUUUCGAUCAGUGAACGACGCCCUCGUUUAUCUGAAAUCCUGCAUGGAGCGAAACAUUGUUUCCAAUUAUUGCUUGAAGUCAGGUCCGCGGUAACUAGGGGUGCUUUCAAUUAACACGGCCAGACUGGUCAAAUUGUUGCAUGAAACACAAAACAUUUGAGCUUUGGACCUAUCUGACCGGAAAAUUUGUAUAACAUUAGAAUGAUGUACCUUCUCGCUAGAUAUUUGAGAAACAUAGACCAAUUCUUUCCAUUGACACAGAGAAAAGAAUUCGGGCCUGCCGGUCAGGCCAUUAAAUGGAAAGCGCCCUAGGUAUGAGUCAAUCGAGUCGGUGACUCUGUAAGAAUAUUUGUGAAAAAGUUUAAAAUAGGAAAACUUAAGUUCAAUGACAGACUGUAGUUCUCUCCAUGUAAAGAAGCAUUCUUUUUGCCCCACAGUCACGUAAGAAGUGGAAGACUGUGUUGGUGCACAAGCACCCCAAUAACAAAAGUGCGGGCCAGCGACCUAAAUAUUAUACCAUAAUUGCGCACAAACACUUUUUUAUUAUGCACCUGAUCAUGUUCCACAAAGAAUAUUUGUAUCAGCUCCAGGAUUGCGGGAAAACUACAGUAUAAAAUUAUACACAUUGUGUCACAGCUUAUGAAAUUGAUUUUUCGUUUGAACUUGCCCACAGAAUACAGGCCCAGCGGGCAAAAUGACGUUUAUCCAACGUUGAAUCAACGUUGGAAAUGACCUUCCAGACGUUGGAUACGAUAGACGUUGAAAAAGGGUUGACUAUGCAAAUUAGAUCGACGUUACUGUUUCGACGUUGAAACAACGUUGAAAUUAGCCGGUUGCCAAUCUCGUCAACCAUAAUACAACGUUGAAUCCACGUUAAAACAACGUUGAGAUUGGUUCACAAAUCGACGUCGUACAUUUAACCAUGAAUGAACGUUAAUUCAACGUCUGUACUUGGCUGCUGUUGAACCAAUGUUUGUAAAACAACGUCAGAGCAACGUAGAUAUUACGUUGUCGACGUCACAACCUUUUUCUACCAAAUUUCAACGUUGAAACAACGUCGUGUGCCCGGUGGGGAGAUAGCGUUUCUAAGCCUUAGAAAAUCAAAAAUUUUCGGGGCAUCAUGCUCCCAGAUCCCCCAAAAGUGUCUUGGUCAAUCAAAAAUCUAAGUUACGCGCCUGACAGUUCCUGUAACAUCCGCAUCUGCCGAGCGCAACUUUUCAAAGCUGAAAUUAGUGAAAACUGUUAUGCGUUCAGUAAUGAACCAGGAACGCCUCGGCGAACUCUUGACUCUUGCGUGUGAACGCAAUCUAACAGACACGAUCGAUUUUGACAAAAUCGCUAAUCCGUGGUCAAAACUGACUAAGCGUGGACACUUAAUAAAAGUAUGAUGCUUCACAUACAUAUGUACAUAUUCUUGCGAAAUUCCUAAUAAAUGACAUCAAUCCCCAUGCUUUGUACUCAAUUUUAUUGCAACGCACCAACCCACCAAGAAUCGGUCUGGAUUCAUAUUUCAGUGGUGGGUCGGUCUAAUUUCGUGAUUACACCCCCUCCCCCAGUCAAAAUCGAUAUGUCCGCGCCUGGUCUGCGCAAGAUCAACAUUACUGAAAUCUGUAUUGCGAACGUGGUCUCAAUUGUUCCGAAGGUUGUCAAAAACUCAGAAUCAUGGAAGUGACAAGGAGCAACUUCGCUGAAGCGGAAUAAUGAACGUGACAACCUAAACACUAAUUAGGGAGCUUUAGAUUUGACUACGAGUACGAGUAGGAGUACGAGAUUCGUCAAGCGAAACGCAUGCUGUAUGCUUACGCCAUCUCGUACUGAGGCAAAAAAGUCGUAGCCGUCGCCCAUCUGAGGACGAAAUUGUGGAGAAAUCUCGUAGUCCUUACGACGACUUUUCAAAAAAAAAAGAAAGUUGGCUUUUUUUUGUUUUCCAAAAAUAAUUUGUAGCAUUUAUAUAGCGUUUAUCCGGCGCAAGUAAUAUAUUAGUACUAAAUAUCUGGCCUGUUUUUAAUGUUAUGAUUUAUUUACACGCUUUCUAGGGGAUUUUAUAGUCUGCAGGAGAUUUAGUUUACGAAACUUUUCUCUCAUUGUUGGUUUACUGCUAUAAAAGCAACAUUUAAAUGGAAACGAAAACGACUACGGUAAUUUCGUAGCACGCGAUCAAAUCUCGUACUCGUACUCGUAGUCAAAUCGUGGCAUUUUGACCACGCCCUUUUGUCGGCCAAAAUGAGUCCUCCCCCAAUCUUGAGACCCAAGUUACGCCCCUGACUGCAUGCAAGGAUUACAUGUGAUGACUAUGUUUGAUAUUUCAUGUCAACCUAUUACUUUUGCCCAUGCAGCGACUUAAAAUGUUAUCGUAAAUAUUUGAGCAGUGACAGCUGUGAAUUUACUGAACUAUUAUUAUUAUUAUUAUUAUUAUUAUUAUUAUUAUUAUUAUUAUUAUUAUUAUUAUUAUUAUUAUUAUUAUUAUUAGAACUGUAAACUAUAAUUCAUUUUAUCUAAAAACGUUCAUUUUAGCAAUUGCAAUGUUUUUACUGGAGGAGGCAUUCCAGUUGGACUUUCCUAUAAAUAUCACAGGCUUUCUCUACGAGUUUUUCCUGCAAUACUGGAUCAAUAAUAGACUAUUCUUAUUGGACCUCUUAGGAGAACAGUUUAGAAUUGAUUGAAGCAUAUAGAGAUAGUCCAAGCUAGCCAGUAUAACUAUAUAGUUAAUUUAGUUUAGUUGGUUCCCUUGGUUCCCUUAUAUUUUAAAGUAUUUUAUAAAGAAUAUAAAUUGAUGUAAAAUUCUUUGGCAGCAGGUGUAAUCUUAUAUACGUGUUGUAGAUUGCGUAAACAUGUUAAAAACGACAAGUGCAUGAUGAAAGUAAAGUGUUCAAACAUUACUAAGGCAUUUUAUCCAUUAUCUGCUCAUGAAAGCCGACAUUCGAUAAUGCUUGCAAAGCUAAAACAUUCGCAAUUUAAACUGACAUAUAAUUUCUUCUACAAGAGUCUGUAUAGGCCCCAAGUCACAUUCGAGAAUAUCCCUUUAAUUAAGAAAUGGCAAUUAUAUAUAAUUAUAGCUCGCAUAUACAAAAAUUAUAGCUCGCAUAUACAAAAAUCUAAAAUUAAAAUGGCAGUUUGAUCAUCCGUUAUUGAUCAUUAAAUGUUGCUACAGAUGGAAAACCUGAACUAAACUGAUUGUAUUUACACUGGAAUCAUAUAGUUCUAUCAGUUCUGCAGUGUUCUUCGUAUAUAGAGGUCCAGUAAUAGAUUCGUCUCUCAUUGAUUCAGUAGGAAAAAUCUAAACAAAGCUAACUUUAGUUAUACUGGACAUAGCUAUAACUUUAUCAUUUCCAAACUGCUCUCCAUAGAGCUUCAGUAACGGCGGCAUCUCCAUUCAAAAAUUACUAUUCCGGCUGAGCUGAUUGCGAAAAUAAUUUUCCCAUUUGCUCCGGAUUCUUCCUUCUUUGAUACCGGACAAAUAUGGGAUGUGUUUAAGGAAAACACAGUUUAGAAAAGAGAGCACUAUCCAGCAUCAAUGAACUUGGUUUAUAAUUUAGGUUUCCUCGUGUGGUAACAUUGCAUGGAUCAAUAACAAAUUUCCUUACUGGACGUCUAUAUAUAUAGGGAGAGCAUGCAGUUUGGAACUGGUAGAGCUAUCCCCAGUAUAAAUAUAGUUAGCGUGUUUAGAUUUUCCCGACUGAAUCAAUGAUAGAUGCGCCUUUCUGGACCUCUAUAAUUAUAGGAAGAACAUUAGAAAUGUAAUAUAACUAUUCAGCAAAAUAGAGUUAGUUUAGUAUAGGUUUCCUAGACUCCUAGUAACACUGGAGCAAUAAGAGGUGAUCCUUACUGGACGUCUAGGAAGAACAGUAUAGAAAUGAUAGAAAACGUCGGGUUGAUAAGGUUCAACUACAUGAAAAAUACAAGUAAAACGUCCACGUUUCGGGCGCCGGCCCUUCGUCGGGAAAGGACCUUACAAGGUCUUAAGGUCAUUUCGCCGGGAAGGAUCCUCUCUCGAAACGUCGAAGUUUUACUUGUAUUUAUUAGAACUGAUAGAACUAUCCAUCCAGUAUACAACAAAGUUAGUUUAGGUGUAGCAACACUAAAUCAAUAAUGGCUAAUUCUUGCUAUCAGUUUAAAUUUUAGAUUUGAUAUUUCACAUGCGAAGAAAGAUAAAAUUGCAUAAUAAUGAAAUAAAAAAUGUUAAAUUUCACCAUUUAUUAAUAUAACGGAUAUUCUCGAAUGUGACUUGGGACCUACAGAUUCUUGUAGAACAACUAAUAUGUUGGUUUAAUUUGUGACUGUUUUAGCUUAUGAUGACUUUCAUGAGCAACAAUUGGAUAUGAAAAAUACGUCAGACUCAGUAAUGUUUGAACACCCUAUACAGUCUCUGCUUUUCUGCGCCCUUUCACGCACUUGCCAUUUUUGAAAUGUUUACGCAACCAAGGACGUAUAAAACUACCGCCACCUGCUGCCAAAGAAUUUUACGUAAAUUUAAUUAUAUUGUUCAUAUUUCUUCGUGUAGUAAGUAGUAACACGGGAUACAAUAAAAGAUACCCUAACCCUUAUUGGACCGCUAUAUAUGGAGAGUCAGAGCAGCUUGGAACUGAUAGAGCUAUAUCCAGUUUAAGAAAAGUUGGCUUGUUUAGAUUUUUCCGAUUGAAUCAAUAAAAGAUUCUCCUUACUCAUGGAUCUCUAUAUAGGAAGAACAGUUUAGAACUAACAGAACUAUUCAGCAUAAAUAUAGUUAGUUUAGUUUAGCUUUUGUAAACAUUAUCGAAUGAUGGCUUUCAUUAGCAAAUAUUGGAUAAAAAUGCCUCGGUAUUAAUAUUUUACUUUUCGGCUUUCACACUUGUUGUUCUUAAAAAUUUUUAUAUCAUUUUCAAAACUUUCAAAAUUAUUUAAAAUAUAAAAACAAAAAUUUACUAUUUGGCCUGAGCUGAUUGUGAAAAGAAUUCUUGCAUUUACUCCGGAUAUAUUCUUCUCUCUUUAAUACUGGACAAAUAUGGGAUGAACUUAUAUUUUACAAAACUACAAAACUAUAUUCGGCAUAAACUAAACUUGGUGUAUAAGUUCAGCUUUCCUCCUCUACUAACACUGUAUAAAAUUUAGAAUUGAAAGACCUAGCCUGUAUAAAUAAAGUAACGUUGGUUUAUACAGUUUUGGUUCUCCAGUCCUGGGGCCAGUUGUAUCAAGCCCGUUUAGCUUAAACGGUGGUUAAGCUCAAAAUAGAAAGCAAGUCUAUAGAUUCGAUUCAUUCAACAACCAAACUAAAAGUUCUGAACCUAGUAAGAGAACGAUAUUGUUUAUAACUACAUAUUCAGUGCACAAUAUUUAAGUUUAUUAUUUAUUUAAAAAAUUCUUGGUUUCUGAUUGGCUAACAGCCAACUGUGAAAUUGUCAUAUCAACUCAAUGGCUAACCAAAUCGGAUUUUUCACAUUCAUAUUAGCAAAAUGACGUCAAAGUCAAAGAGUCAAUAUGAAAAAAAUUUGGACGCGUUUGCGCCAUAUGACUAUGACGACGAGAAUCAUAUUGACUCGCUGACGACAUUGAUAUGAUGCGACUACGGCUGCCGAAGGACUAAGGAAUUGUUUUUUUCUUAAUACAAAUAAAAUACAAAUGUCUGUUUUGAAUUUUUUAAAUAAAUACUAAAACAAUUAUUGAAUUCGGUUUUCGCACAAUAUGAAGAAUUAUCAAGCCCUCAGUUUGCCGUUAUCAACCUCAGCCUUCGGCUUCGGUUGAUAACGGCAAACUUCGGACUUGAUAAUUCUUCAUAUCCUGCUCAACCUCAUUCAAUAAUUGUCAAUAAUUAACUGAUUCACGGGAGAUAUAAGAGUGUUAUUUAAUUUUGACUUAUCCACCGUUUAAGCUAAACGGGCUUGAUACAACCAGCCCCUGCAUGUACUGUAGUUAACACUGGAUCAAUCGGAUCACCCUUGCAGGAGAGUAGUUUAGAAACAAGGUUAUCCAGUAUGAUAAUUAUAGGUAGAUCAAUUCAGGUCUCCUGCUGUAAUAACACUGGAUCAAUAUGAAAAGAGUUUGGAACUGCAUGAUAUAACUUUCUAGUGCUUAAUCCGUUGCCAUGUUGAAAAAUAUUUACAAAAGUAAACACGUGCACGAACAUGAAGUAUUUAGUAGUUGUCAUAGUAACACGGUAAUUUUAUUAAGAGUAUUUUUAAAAUUGAAAAAUACCCCCAAAAUAUCACCAUGUCCAUGAAUUACAAACUUAUCAAUUUCCCAUGCAAACAAAUAUAUGUUAGGUGCGUUAUUAUACGUUAUUAUACGUACGUAAUAUAACCUUGAAUUUAUGUAAAAUUCAACCAGAAACGCUUCGAAAAACGUUUUGAAAUGCUCUUAAAACUAAACUUCCUAUGGCUAUGCUUUCCUCUUCAUUUAAAAAUUUUAAUAUAACGAAAAAGGGUAAUCAAUAAAUAUACACUCUAAUUCAGUGAUAUGCUGUCCUUAAUUAUACGCAACGAUCAGUUUUUAAUAAAGCAAUUAUAAUUAAAAGCAAACAAUUAACGUCGGCGUCUUUGCUCGCGUGCAAGCAUUUCGGCUUUUUUUUCUCAAAAAAGCUUUUGAAAUUAACAAAAUCUUGCAAAAAUGAAUUAUAUCUGCAAGAAAUAUUUGUUGUUUCGCUGUCAAUUUCCCAAACAUAGGUAUGUUACUGUUAGGUAUGAUCUUAAAUUUAAGGUAAAAUUCAACAACAAACGCUUCGCAAAACGUUUUGAAAUGUCCGGCUUAAAACUAAACUGUCUUUUAUCGAUAAACUUAAAAUUUCCUCAUUAUUUGAAAAUUUAAUAUAAUAAAUACAAAGUCAAAGGGGUAAUCAAUAAUUAUGCAAUGAAAUUAUAUGCCGUCUUUUUUCAUUAUACGCAACCAUUAGUUUUUAAAGCGAUUAUAAAGCAAACAAUACAUCAAUAUUAAAAACAAACUUACCUUCAUUAACGUCGGCAUCUUUUCUCCUUUCUUUUAGAAAGACUUUGGACUAUUUUUACUUUAUAGAAUUCAGUGAACCACACCCAUGCGCCCGUGAUUGUCGAUGAACUUUAAACUUGGCUAAUCCUUUAAUUCCUUUCCUCGGGUGUAAAUAGCCUAGCGAAAUUAGUACCCUCGCACCGGGCUUGCACCAGGCACGGAGCUCCGCGCCGUAAUUGGCUCGCGGCUCUUCUCCCAUUCGACUGAGGCGAAUCAAAUUAUGGACAGAAAACUGCAUAUAUUUGUUCCAGCAAUUUAUCCUUGGCCGAAUAAUCGAAUUGUAGCCAACAUCCCACAUAACUAUUUAUAUCUACUUUAUUAAAUUACAAAACACAAUAUUACACAUAUCGUAUAAAGUUUAAAGUUUAUCAAAUUAUUUUUCAUGCACGUAGGCUAGUAUACAAAAUUAUACAAAGCAAAUAUAGCUGCAUUAUUAAACCGAUGAUUGAGACGAGAGGCUUUUAUGAAUAUUUUAAUUAAAAAUAACACAUUGAGUCACGAUUUCAUACACCGAGAGUAUAAAAACAGUACAACAUAAUGCAAUCUCACUCAGUUAACACAAGAUUUAGGGAAUUAUGCUUGGCAAUCAUCAACUAGUAUCUGAGAAUGUUAACUUUGAUCUGGUUGUCCCUGGUGAUUCUGCCAAUGAUCGAUGCACAAAAAGCUUGUUCCGAAGAUGGAAAGCCAUGCACGUUGAGAAAUUUCAAAAACGUUAGCGUGGGUAAGUAUUUGUCGUAUUUGCCUGAUAGAUUCGACUUCAGUUCGCUCCCUUAAUUAGCUCUGAGUUAAAUUUGCGAGAUGUAAGUCAGAGGGUGUAGGUCGUAAUGCAUGUAUUUCUAGUUAUACCUCACUCAGAAUUGGCUAUACGUUACAUCGAAUGUAGGUUAUCUAUUUAGGUUUAGUAUUUUUUCCUCUUUUUGAAAACCGAAGGCAUGUACAUGAGUAGCUAGAAAUCUGGUUACGCCCGCACGUCCGUUUUUAAAAUUUUCCUUCCACCUCAGAGUAGAACACAUAUUUAAUACAAGUGAAAUCUAAUUGUCCCGUUUUUUCAGUACUUUAUUUCUAUUUAAAUUUGCGUUGUAUUAAUUUUAUUUCUGUCUGUUUUAAAUUCACCAGUUUUAAUUUUGUACAUACUAAUAGAUAAACUAGAUAAUAUAGAUGGCUCAAUCAAUUCUAAACGGUACUCUCUAAAGGCGUAUGUUUUGAAUAGCAAUUUUAAGGCAACUUGUAUUUUUUCACAGGAAACCAAGCACUACGUUCAUCUAACCUGAUGUCAAGUCACAAUAUUCAUCGUCUGGGAGAAUGCUUCAUUCUCUGCACAGAAGAAGACAAUUGCUAUGGUUAUAACUUCAGAGUAAGACCAAGUAGUAUCUACACUGUAAACUGCCAGUUGAGUAACAGCUCAGUGAAAAUAAACAUGACAAGAAUGAAGAAUGGGCCUUGGGUUUACUACGAGGAUAUUUUGGUAAGAAUGAAGAUUGUGAAAAAUGCGUAA